AUGGCAUCGAACGAUAAUGGAAGUGGAAAAUGCUUGGUAGUUUUCGAUGACCAACAAAAACUUGCGGUAUCGAUACGUAAUGCAACAAGUGAACCAGUUACAUUAUUUCAAGAAUUAUCGUCAUGUAUUUCAUUCAUUGAACAACAAGCAAAAGAUAAUAAAAUUGUCAUUCUAAUAACUACAACUCUCGAAGAUAAUUUUUUACAGACGUUUGAAUCUCUUGCACCGAUUGAAGCCAUACUUAUUUCAUCAACAAUAGAAAUCGAUAUUGAUACAUUCCCAAGUAAAGUUAUUGAUGUUUAUUAUAGAUUGGAAAAUUUAUUAGGAUCACUUAUUGAAAUACUCGAUGCAAUAGAAAUACGAAUUAAUGUUGGCAGUUUUCUUUUUAAUCAUCAGCCUGAUGCAAGUGAUAACUUAUCUUUUUAUUUCUAUAAUGUAUGGAAAAAUGACGCAGAAAAUCCUAAAAGUACGAAAAAAUCUCUUAUAGAUCAAGCUGGACUUAUUUUUUCAUCCAAUAAUCAAAUAAAAGGAUCUAUACAACAAUUCGAAUCAUCAUAUAAACCAAAUGUAACUCUUACUUGGCUUGACCGACAACGUUAUCCAUUUCCUUAUCAUGUUCUUAUUUCAAAUGCUCUUCGUUCACAUAAUAAAAAAAUAUUAUCGCUUACUCGAUGUUUCAUAGAUGAUCUUACUAAACAAAUGAAACCUGCAACAACAAUCUCUAAUUGUAAACAAGUUUAUUUAGGUGUUAAAAUAUCAAUGAAUCUUAUUGAACAACUUGAACAAAGAGUAAAAACAGAUAUUGUUGCUUUUCAAUGUUUUCUUCGUGUAACACAAUCGAGAUCAAAUGCUUUGGUUGACGCUACACGACCGUCACGUCGUCGUAAUUGGGCUAAUGUUCUUUUUAAAAUUGAUAUGAAUGAUGCUUUAUGUGCAAGUUCAACUGAAGCAAUUAUUAUCGACAUGGCAACACCUUUUAAAAUUCUAUGUGUAACAAGGAGUUCGGGAGCUAAUGAUACUCAACAGUUGCUAACCAUUAUCAAAUUAAGUGCACUCAAUAAAAAUGAAAGAGACAAAUUAUUUCAAGAAUUUAUUCAACGGCAAGAAAAAUUAGGCAGAACGGUAAAUGAUUUGCUACAAACAAUGGGCACUGAUAUCAGUAACGAUGAAGCGUUAGCCGAUGAGCAUAUAGCACGUGGUGAAUGGUCACAAGCAGCAGAUAUUUUUGCUCGUAUAACUGAUCCAAACGUUCGUGUUCUAAAUAAAUAUGGGUGUUUAUUACGUGAACAUUUAUAUAAUCCAUCGGAUGCACUUCGAUGUCACCAACAAGCAUUAUUGAAAGCUAACGAUCGAGAACAUGCUGAAACGUUGCUUCAUCUAGGAGUAGUCUACAAAAGUAUGAAGCAAAGUGCAGAAUCAUUUAAAGUUAAUUCUCAAGCGCUGAAAUGGUUUGAAAAUGAAGAGAAACGAGAUCCAACAAUGAUUGCUCGUUGCCUUACUGGAGUUGGUACUGCACAUUGGAGUCUUAAAGAAUUACCUGAAGCACUUGACUGUAUGGAAAAGGCAUUAGCAAUACGUGAACAUGAAGUCAAACCGAAGAAUGAAUUGGAUAUUGCGACUUGUAUUGGUAAUAUAAGUAAUAUAUUGCAUGAUCAAGGCGAUAUCGAACGGUCAUUGUCAUACGCCACUCGAACUGUUGAUCUUUUGAGUAAAUGUGAAAAAGACGACGCUCGCUUUGCAGCAGCAUUGAAUAAUUUAGGUGCGAUCUAUCGAACUAAAGGUGAUCUUGUUAAAGCACGAGAAUAUUUUGAACGUGCACUGAAAUCUCUACCAGAUGAAAAGCAUCCUUAUAGACGAAGUCCAUUGGCAAAUAUCGCAGCACUUGACAAGAUUGAAAACAUGACAAAAUAA